CGCCACACAGAUUUCAAAGAUUUGUUUUCCACCAAUGUCGAUCUGGGUGUCUGUCGUACCCUUUUUUUAGUUUCACUGCGAAUUCCAUCCAACAAUCAAUGUUGGUUUCGUAUCGGCACCGUCCGUCGCCUUGAAAAGACCAUGAACCUGGCCCAAAACUGGUGACCACGCACUAUUCGCUUUUCCGAGCAGAUUAUCAUCGCAUCCUGUGAGAGACUGCACUGCAAACGCCAUGUCCGGCAAGUCCUCGAAGUCCAAGUCAAAAUCCUCCAAAUCAAGAGAACCAUACUACGCCGUUUCGCCGCAAUGGAAGGACGUCUCGCCAAUUCCGCUCAUCGACGGACCUCCCGGACAACAAAAAGAUCCAGGACCGGCCCUCGCCACGAUAGCGUACUCUCCGCGUUACAGCGAGGCAAUGUCGUACCUUCGUGCCGUCAUGGCGGUAAACGAGUUCAGUCGUCGCGCCCUCGAUUUGACCGAGGACAUCAUUGGCAUGAACCCGGCACAUUACACCGUCUGGCUCUAUCGGGCGAAGAUCCUAAAGGUGUUGUGGGACUUGGAGGGGACGUCCAUCGAGGAUGGAGUCAAAGUUGAACUCGAGUGGCUCGACGGGAUCAGUGAGCGGGCAUUGAAGAAUUAUCAAAUUUGGCACCAUCGUCAACUUCUCAUGUCUCUCCUCCCGACCAUGCCGAACACGGAACCGGGCUUCCUCUCCCACAUUUUGUCCUUUGACUCGAAAAACUACCACGUCUGGACGUACCGCGCCUGGCUGUGUCGACGCUUUCCCGACCCCCUCCUGAACACGGACGUGGAACUCGACGCCGUCGACGCCCUGAUCGCCCAAGACGUACGGAACAACUCGGCCUGGAGCCAUCGGUACUUUGUCGUCUUUGGGGCCGAGGAACUACGGUACAUCGAGGAGCAAGGAGGAAACAGGAAAGACGUCCUCGCGAGCGGAUCCCUCGUGGUCGACGAGGAAGUGGUCGAGCGUGAGGUCAACUACACCAAGGACCGGAUCGCCUGGGCCCCUCAGAACCCGAGCCCGUGGAACUACCUCAAGGGCGUGGCCAAGAGGGCGGCGGUCCCCAUCGGAGAUUUCCAGGUCUACUGCGAGUCGUUCGUGGGAGGACGCAACGCGGACCUGAUGGGCGACCAGGUCCGGAGUAGUCACGCGAUCGACUGGUUGGCCGACAUUUACAAGGAGGACGGCAACCCACAAAAGAGCAAAGCCUGUCUGGAUGCUCUGGGUCAGAAGUGGGACCCCAUCAGGAGAAAGUACUGGGAGUAUAGGGCACGACAGAUGGGGGAUGUAUGAGAACUGGAAACAAAGACACGAGAUGAAAAGAGUCCUCCAAACAUUCGACUUGGGAAUGGGAGAGAGCCCGGCCUUGAUUGGUGUCCCAUGAUGGCUUCAUAUAGAGGCAUUUGAUAAUCGUGAUGAGAUAAAGACUUGUUAACGGCUAUGUGCACAAAGUGUACAACGGUAUAACUAGACGGCCCUUCCUGGGUACCGACUCUGGGUCGUUGUGUUGGCUGGCUAAAUAAAAUCGAAGCAACUACAGUCUUCGUGUGUGGGAAGGCCGUUACAUUUCAGACGCUCAAACGCUCAAUCUGAAUCAUCC